CAAUUCCAUCAAUCUUCAGCAACCAAGUUACUCUACACAUACAUCUUCAAUUUUGUUCAAACAGUAAAGAAAAUCAACCAUGAAGAGCCUUUGCUUCUCAAUGAUCUUGAUCCUCUCUCUUCUCUUUGCUGUUGCUCAUUUGAGCAAUGCAGCAGCCCCAGAUUGUGGCACAGUUGCCGCGAAGGCUGCAGCUUGUGUGUCAUUUGCUCGAGGUAAGGACACAAAGCCAGCUGCUGCAUGCUGCACUGGGCUGCAACAGCUUGCUCAGACUGUCAAGAACGUUAAUGAUAAGAAGGCUAUCUGCAGAUGCCUCAAGACAGGUGUCAAGAGCUUCCCUGGUGUUCAGGACAAGUACUUGAGCAAAAUCCCUGCUGCUUGCCGCAUCAAUGUUGGCUUCCCUGUCUCCAUGAACACCAACUGUGAGGCGAUCCACUGAGAUGCUUUGGAAAUUUGAAGCAUGGAUUGGCAAUUUGUCAAUCAUAGGGAGUAAGAUUUGAAUAAAACACUUGUACUGAGGACCCUUGGAUUGGGGCCUUUCUGAUGUACCAUUUGGUUGUUUUAGUAACUCAAUUUUCUUGAGCAUCAUAAUUCCACAUUUUCUUUACUUCUGGAUCAACCUUCCAUUCAGUGUGUUUAAAUUUGAGAUGCUUUGGAAAUUUGAAGCAUGGAUUGGCAAUUUGUCAAUCAUAGGGAGUAAGAUUUGAAUAAAACACUUGUACUGAGGACCCUUGGAUUGGGGCCUUUCUGAUGUACCAUUUGGUUGUUUUAGUAACUCAAUUUUCUUGAGCAUCAUAA